AUGGAAAAGGACGAUCUCGUUCGUCUCGAGACAGUCAUGUCCAACGAGGAGAACCUCAAGGGCGACCACAUGAACUACGAGCGUGUAGACAAGGAACUCGCAAAGUACACAAACAGCGAGCGUAUCAUUGUCUCUGAGGCAGACGACAAACGUCUCAAGAAGAUGAUUGACCGUCGCGUCUUGGUCAUCAUGAUCCUGACAUACUUCCUCCAAGCACUCGACAAGGGUACCAUGAGUUUCACCAGCAUCAUGGGGAUCAGAGAUGAUCUGAAUUUGGUCGGAGACAAAUUUUCUUGGUUGACAACCUGUAUCUACAUCGCUGUAUUGUUCGUCGAAUACCCUACCAACUGGAUCAUCCAACGCGUGCCCGUUGCCAAAUAUCUCUCUGCCAACAUUAUCCUUUGGGGUAUCGUCCUUGCCCUCCACGCAACAGCGACAAACUUCACCACUCUUGUCGUUUGCCGCACCUUCCUGGGUAUCUUCGAAGCCGUCUGCCAGCCUGCUUUCUUAAUCAUGUCAUCUCUGUGGUACAAGAGAGAUGAGCAGGCUCAGACAGUGACGUACUGGUAUGUGAUGAACGGUGCUCAGCAGAUUGUGGGUGGUCUGCUGGCCUACUGCUUCUCACUCCUCGGUAAUGACAGAAGCAUCAAGUCGUAUCAGGCUAUCUUCAUCACAUAUGGCUCUGCCUCCGUGCUUUGGGGUGUCUUUGUACUCUUCUGGCUGCCCGAUUCACCUAUGCGAGCCAAGUGCUUCUCUGAGGAGGACAAGAAACUCAUGGUCGAAAGAGUCCGCUCCAACCAAACCGGCAUCCAAAACAAAAAGUUCCGCCCCGAACAAGUCAAGGAAGCCCUCACAGACCCCCAACUCUACUGCUACAUGUUGAUUCAAAUCUGCACCACGCUUCCCACCAGCGGCCUCGGCGCCUUCGCCAACAUCAUCGUCAAAGGCUUCAACUUCACUACCCUUCAGACACAGCUCCUGGCAAUGGUGCUAGGCGCCUAUAUUGUCAUCGUGCUACUCUCUUCCACCUGGAUCGUCAAGAAGACAGGUCAAAAUCUCCUCGUCAUGGGCGUCUUUGUGAUUCCUUCCUUUGCAGGAACGAUUGUGCUUAUGACGGUACGAAACACCAGCACUGCCACCCAAGCCGGCUUACUGUUUUCAUACUACAUCGUCCUAUCCUUCUGGGCAGCGCAAACCCUAGCCAUGUCAAUGCUCUCCCGCAACGUCGGCGGCCAAACCAAAAAAUCCAUAGUCGUAGCUGCAAACUUUGCCGCUUGGGCUGCUGGCAACGCAAUCGGUCCUCAGGUGUUUUUGGCGUAUGAUGCACCGAGGUACUUUAUUGCGUUUGCGACACACAUGGGUUGUUAUGUGUUGCUGGUUAUUGUGAUUGUGUUUUUGAGGUGGUGGUUGAAGAGGUGUAAUGAUAGGAAGGAUGCGAUGGCUGCUGCUGGUGUGGGAGAGGCGCAUGAUGAGGCUUACACGCAUGCGUUUGAUGAUUUGACGGAUAGGGAGAAUCCAAACUUUAGAUAUGUUUAUUAG